CCUGCCUGCUCCCCCAUGACAGAUCAUGGGCAGCCACAAGUAACUGGGGGUUCCAGUGGAAUUGGAAAAUGUGUUGCUAUUGAAUGCUAUAAGCAGGGUGCAUUUAUAACUCUCAUUGCAAGAAAUGAGAACAAGCUGUUGCAGACAAAGAAAGAAAUAGAAAAAUACUCUGUAAAUGACAAACAGGUUGUGCUUUGUAUAUCUGUUGAUGUGUCUAAAGACUACGGACAUGUGGAGAACGUCCUAAAACAAGCUCAGGAGAAAUUGGGACCAGUUGACAUGCUUGUUAACUGUGCUGGAACAUCAAUUACAGGAAAAUUUGAAGAUCUUGAAAUGAAUUGUUUUGAAAACUUAAUGGCCGUCAACUACCUGGGUAGCGUUUACCCAAGCCAUGCAGUAAUUCCUACCAUGAAGGAAAGAAGGAUGGGAAGGAUUGUGUUUGUAUCAUCUCAAGCUGGACAGCUGGGGCUGUUUGGUUACACAGCUUAUUCUCCAACAAAGUUCGCUCUUCGAGGAUUGGCUGAAGCCCUGCAAAUGGAGGUAAAGCCUUAUAACAUCUACAUAACAGUUGCCUAUCCUCCUGACACCGACACACCUGGCUUUGCAGAAGAAAGUAAAACUAAGCCUCUAGAGACCAAACUAAUUUCGGAAACGUCAUCUGUGUGCCAAGCAGAACAGGUGGCCAGAAUUAUUGUCAAAGAUGCCAUACAAGGGAAUUUUAACAGUUACAUUGGUUCAGAUGGUUACAUGCUGUCAAUACUGACCAGUGGAAUGUCACCAGUAACUUCCAUUACUGAAGGGCUUCAGCAGAUGGUUUGCAUGGGCAUUUUUCGCAUCGUUGGUUUGUUUUACCUAGGAAGUUUUGAUAGCAUAGUUCGUCGCUGCAUGAUACAAAGGGAAAAAUCUGAAAGCACAGAUAAAACUGAAUAACUUUCCUUGAAUCAGAAGGUCACAUAACAUUGGACAGCUUGCUGCUAAAUUGGACUCAAUUUCUCACCUGAAGACUUAGAAUAAAGGCAUUUGGAUAUGUGAUGGAUGAGUUCGUGUGAAAAGCAAAUGAAAACAAAAGUACAACCCCAGAAAAUGCCAAACUAUGCAAAAAUAUGAAAGAGAACUAGAUUUUAAAGAUUUUUUUUCAGUGGUUUGAAUUGCAGUAAUGUUUGAGGUUUGUUCAAGAAGAGUAGAAUUUCAUAGUGAGGUAUUGCUGGUAAUUCUGGACAAAUACUUAGGUUUUCUUAUUUUGGUGGUGCUUACAGGUAAGAAUGAAUACCAUGACAUACUCAACUGAAGAAGUUUUGAACUCCCCUUGCUAACUUGGUUUAGUUUGUGAACAGACUUCCAAGACCACAUUUUAAUUUGAAUGAUAACUUUUUCUCAGUGACAGUAAAUCUGUAGAUCUGUCUGUCAAUAAUGGCUUCUUUUGCUAUAUUCAUCGUGCACCAUUAUGAUGGGUAUGUGAACCUUAAAUGGUGGAAAUUCUUGUAUGAUCCAAGCCUUCUCAGUGUGGGAGUAGUUAAGAGGUAUGCUAUACUGAUGCAUACUCUCUAAAGGGAGAUGAAGAACCCAUUUCCUACAGAGAAAUGCUAGGAGAUGCAAUUUUUUCUGGCUUCCUGAUGUAUAGCUUCUUAAAAAUAGAAAAUCAAAUCAUUAGUACGUAAGUGUUUUAAAAUGGCCGUGAAAGUCAUAAUUGUUUGAAUACUUAUAAUCUUCUAAUUUAUUCCCUUUCCUUUUGUUUUGCCAGUUUUGCUCUGGAGAGGAAGGUAGCUUCCGAUGCUGCCAUUGUGCACAUUUUUAAAAAGACUGCAAACAGUGAGCCAAAUGAUGAUAGAAUUGGUUGUAAUUAAAGUGUAAAAAUAGCAGAUA